CGCACAGAGCAGCCUUUCAGCCGCGGGAGCGGGGCACGCCGCAGCCAGCCACCGCCGCCAGCCCUCGGGCCGGGGUCUGCGCGCACUGCACGGCCGGUAGGAAGGGUAAGAGAAGGGGGACCCGCUUAGAAGGGCUCCAACUUAAGCGGACGCAUUCAGGCAAGGGCGGAAUGAGUCUGCUGUGAACGAUUUUUCCUGCUCCGAAUCCCGAGACCCAUGGAAAGUUUCGAAGGAGGAGGCGUGGCCCGGCAGCCUUAUCGUUUUCUCCAGGCGAGGAUUCCCGAGAGAGGAUCAGCUGUUUUCAGGUUAACCGCCAGAAAUGCAAUGGCACAUCAUGAUUCUGAGAUGAAAGAAGAAUGUCUAAGGGAAGACCUGAGGUUUUACUUCAUGAGCCCUUGUGAAAAAUACCGAGCCAGACGCCAGAUUCCAUGGAAACUGGGUUUGCAGAUUUUGAAGAUAGUCAUGGUAACUACACAGCUUGUUCGUUUUGGUUUAAGUAACCAGCUGGUGGUUGCUUUCAAAGAAGAUAACACUGUUGCUUUCAAGCACUUGUUUUUGAAAGGAUAUUCUGGUAUAGAUGAAGAUGACUACAGCUGCAGUGUAUAUACUCAAGAGGAUGUCUAUGAGAGCAUUUUCUUUGCUAUUAAUCAGUAUUAUCAUCUAAAGGACAUUGCUCUGGGGACCCUUGGUUAUGGAGAAAAUGAAGACAAUAGAAUCGGCUUAAAAGUCUGUAAGCAGUGUUACAAGAAAGAGAGCAUGUUUCCUUCUAAUGAGACACUGAAUAUUGACAACGACAUAGAGCUCGAUUGUGUGCACUUAGACCUUCAGGCUCUCUCCAAGGACCCUCCGGACUGGAAGAACUCAUCUUUCUUCAUACUGGAAUUUUAUCGGCUCUUACAGGUUGAAAUCUCCUUUCAUCUUAAAGGCAUUGACUUACAAACAAUCCAUUCCCGUGAGUUACCAGACUGUUAUGUCUUCCAGAAUACGAUUAUCUUUGACAAUAAAGCUCACAGUGGCAAAAUCAAAAUCUAUUUUGACAGUGAUGCCAGAAUUGAAGAAUGUAAAGACUUGAACAUAUUUGGAUCUACUCAGAAAAAUGCUCAGUAUGUCCUGGCGUUUGAUGCAUUUGUCAUUGUGAUUUGCUUGGCAUCUCUUAUUCUGUGUACAAGAUCCAUUGUUCUUGCUCUAAGGUUACGGAAGAGAUUUCUAAAUUUCUUCCUGGAGAAGUACAAGCGGCGUGUGUGUGACGCGGACCAGUGGGAGUUCAUCAACGGCUGGUACGUCCUGGUGAUUAUCAGCGACCUAAUGACAAUCACUGGCUCCAUAUUAAAAAUGGAAAUCAAAGCGAAGAAUCUCACAAACUAUGAUCUGUGCAGCAUUUUGCUUGGAACCUCUACGCUCUUUGUUUGGGUUGGAGUCAUCAGAUACCUGGGUUAUUUCCAGGCGUAUAAUGUGCUGAUUUUAACAAUGCAGGCCUCACUGCCAAAAGUUCUUCGGUUUUGUGCUUGUGCCGGCAUGAUUUAUCUGGGUUACACAUUCUGUGGCUGGAUUGUCUUAGGACCAUACCACGACAAGUUUGAAAAUCUGAACACAGUUGCUGAGUGUCUGUUUUCUCUGGUCAAUGGUGAUGACAUGUUUGCAACCUUUGCCCAAAUCCAGCAGAAGAGCAUCUUGGUGUGGCUGUUCAGUCGUCUGUAUUUAUAUUCUUUUAUCAGCCUUUUUAUAUAUAUGAUUCUCAGCCUUUUUAUUGCACUUAUUACAGAUUCUUAUGACACCAUUAAGAAAUUCCAACAGAAUGGGUUUCCAGAAACAGAUUUGCAGGAAUUCCUGAAGGAAUGCAGUAGCAAAGAAGAGUAUCAGAAAGAGUUCUCAGCCUUCCUGUCCUGCAUCUGCUGUCGGAAGAGGAAAAGAAGUGAUGAUCACUUGAUACUUAUUAACUAAAGUUCUUCUGCUAAAGAUGAUUAAAGUUUGGGCCUCCUUAUUCGGUGGCUGGGCAGAGGAACCCCAAAUGACUUGGACCAGCAGUUCCAAAAUAACUCUCUUAUUUACGGUGGAGUGUGAAAGAGGACUUGUGGUUAGCCAGCUGACCAUGACUGAAGUUCCAGCUUUACUUUUUAUAAACUUGAAUGAUGAAGAAUGGACCAUAGGCUACUACUGGGCAUUAGUGCAAUUGAACAGCAAUAAUAAAAUUCUCUAUUAGUCUAUUAAUCUAUGACAUGAUCUUGGAAUGGAAAACGAUCAUAUUUCAGAGUGUACAAAACAGUAGUGUUUAAGGCCAUGUCAUAAAUAUGUGUGUUUAUUGUCAAAUAAGGAUUUGUUUUAAAGGUUAUUCUUGGGUUUGAAGACAUUUGUUAAUUCAUGAUCUGUACAGAAAUGAAGUUGGUUGCAAUACCAAUCUAGAGACUCCUAGCUGGUGAACUGUUAAGCCAUUUAAACAUCACCCUUGGCCAGGCACAGUGACUCACACCUGUAAUCUCAGCACUUUGGGAAGCCUAGGCAGGCAGAGCAUUUGAGCUCAGGAGUUUGAGACCAGCCUGGGCAACAUGGCAAAACCCCAUCUCCACAAAAAAUUGAAAAAUUAGCUGGGUGUGGUAGCAGACAUCUGUAGUCCCAGCUACUUGGGAAGCUAAAGUAGGAGGGUCACCUGAACCCUAGAGGUUGAGGCUGCCUUGAGCUGUGAUUGUGCCAGUAUCCUCCAGCCUGGGUGACAGAGUGAGACCCUGUCUCAAAAAAAAAAGAAAAAAGAUCACCCUUAAAUAAACAAAACGACCUCAUACUCAUGCAGUGGACUUUUCUUGGCUUGUUUUCCUGUAUGUUUUCUUCAGCAUGAUAUGAAGCAACUGUUGGCAUAGCCAGUGGGAAUCAUUUGGCUGCCUCAUCACUGUGCUGAUGGUCGUUUGUACACACACGACAUGUGGAAGUGACCUGUAGCAGUGGUCACUCAUUUUAACAAUUGAACUCCACUGUGUUGGGUAUUUGCCUUUGUCUAGCCAAGAAAUAUUGUAUAUUUUCUCUAAAUAAAUUUAUUUUUAUCAUUCCA